GUUGGAGCUGUUCGUUUGCUGUUCAUUGAUUUAAAGAUUACCUCUCAUUUGGGUAUAAAUGAUGGAUUCUAAACAAAUAGAGGAUUAUUAAACCACUUGUUUGCUCAUGUACAACAGUGUCGCAGACAAGUGUUCAGACAGUAAAAGAAAAAAGUGUUCAUUUUCAAGUGACAGUUGUGAAAAAUUUCAAAAUUUAUCGACAAGCGUUUGAGGGGAAAUGAAACUCAUGUGAUAUGAUUGGUUCCUGAUAACACAAGCCUAUAAUCCGUAUAAUGAUCUAAAGGAUGUACAGGAUUACUUGGGUUUAUUCAGAUUAUGUGACAAAUGCCAGUGUCAAAGUUUCGUUGUAUAGUCUUUCAAAAAGACCAAACUAUAGUUAUCUCGCCGCAAACUCUGCCAAGAAAACGUCUUGAGAAACGAAAGCUUUACACCAACAACACUAUUUCGGCCAGUCUUUAAAUAUGAUUAUGACCCAACCCAAGAGCUGCCUAAGGCGGAGUGAAACAUCUCUUUCUCGGCACACCGACGAUGUAUCAAUCUCUGUCUCCAUCACACCAAGAGGGACUCCGCCAUCAUUCAGUCGAAGUGAAAGUUCUUUUGCGGUACUUAAACGUAGUCAAAACCCUUAUUUGCGAUUUCCAAAAGUGGAAUCAUCAAUUGUCAACCGAGAUGACAAGCUAAAGCUCUCCAGACUUGGACAACGAAUUCAGAGGGAUCCCCACCGUGCGAUUUCGAUCGACGAAUCACCAAUCAUGCUUCUUCCUAAAGCCCGUGUUCGGGACGACUAUGAUAUUCGAGCCAGUAAACGUGCUUUUAACGUUGUAGCUGAUAAUGAGACAGCUACUCUUCACUUGUCGAGCAUACCAUUUGUUCAUGAGGAACCCAAAUCCAGAUCUACUUCUCGGUCUUCCAUGAAAAGCCGAAAGAGUGUUCGAAGUGACGAUGAUAGCGGCUUUGGGUCUUCCUUCCGGAGGUGCGUAACGUUCUCAGAGCUCAGUCUCAGUCGGUCAACCAUAGCGAGGUCACUAGAUGAACUCGAGGAAUCUUCUGACAUAGAAGACCAUAACAACAACAGUGUAAAGGAAAACGAAAUGUUAGAUUCUGUGUUUGGUCCUCUACCGGAAGCUGAGGAUGAUGAAGGGCAUCUUGAUUCCUUCGCAGACAUUAUUCCAGAUCCUCCUAAAAUCAGGAAAAAACAGCAAGAAAGGCAAGAAAAACAAGAAUGUACUUUAACUGAAGCAGACAUCAAAAGAUGCCACGAACAAGACUGUGAAAUUUGCAAAGGAUUUAUGUCCGAACAGACUAGGAUUCAGAGAUACUUUGGUGGAGUUGACCAGUUUCUACAAUGGCUGUACUCAAAAUGGGGGAAGAAGAGGAAAGAGCUACUCACCUACUCAAGAGCAAAUUAUUUAAGUAGGGGUGUCCGCCCUAAGUUCUGUGACAUUGUGAGACAGAAGGAGCUUCACCACCGAGAUGAGGAGGAUAAAUCGGAGAGUUCCGAGUACAGUUACUACCGACAACAGGGGCACCUGCUCACUAGGUGGCGCAAACACAGCAACGCAAGACCUAAAAAUUCCAGAAAGUCCAGCUUAGCCCAGGAAGAUCUAGUUAAUUCUAUUGUGAAUGACAUAAAAGAGCCUGGAGGUAUCAAGGCCAGGCAUGCCCUUGACCUUUGGCUUUGCCUAGGCACCACAGUCAGAUUCCAACCCAAUUUUACAUAUGGCCUUUUCAGUUCACUUAGAAAGGAUCGAGCUAACCAAUCAAAUCUUUCUACUUUUUGGAUUUUGCGUGACUCACCAGAACCGCCCACUGAGCCUGAGCCAGAUAAAGAAGGGCGGGGCGGGACAGAAGGACGACCGGGGUCUCCCUCCUCCACAGUGGAUGGUGCUGACGAGAGGGAUCAUCUCAAAAAAGAGGAAGUUGAGCCGGAGGUAGAGACCCAGCCGGUACUUACACCUGCCGUGAUAGAUUUCCCUGACAGUAAGUCGGACCGGUCUAACAGCUCAGCACCACCUCCACACCUCUCUGUAGAUAUCAGAGUUGUCAUCACCGGCAAACCUGCCACUAAAACUGAUAACAAUGAUGAAAAGAAGAAACCAGAACCUAUCACUGUUCCUAAUGACAAAGAUGGUCGCCGAUCUCCAGUUCAACCUCCACCGACCCCUGAACCCUUGACCCCAAAAGAUGACCUCAGCAAAGAUGAAGACCUCCUAAAAUCUCUUCGAGAAGCUGAGGAGGAAGAAAAAAGAAAGAGGGCCAUCAAUAAGAAGGAGAAGAAACCUAUACACAGGACGAGGAAAACUAAAGAGGAGAUGGAGGAGAAAGUGGAACCCCCCAAACCAGUUACCCCUCCCCCUCCCACACCUCCUAUUGAGGACACUGUUACACUUGUCCAGAAAUGGAAAAAUAAGGACAUCAAGGUUGAUUUAGAGGUUCCCACACUACCAAGUUUUGAAGAGAAGAAAAAGGACAAGAAGGAAAAACGCAAAGCUGAGCGCCAUCUAGUGUCACAACCCAAGCAUGAGACGCCACCACCCAAGGACCCUGAGCGUCCAAGAGUAGGAACUCCACUAGAGUUACCCACAGAGGAUGAACUAGAGCUGCCCAGGGAUGAUUUAGAUGACCAGCUUAAACAGAGACUAAAGAAUUUUGAUUUUGCUAUGAUGGAAAUGACAGGAGAUGACUCUCCAAGGAAAAAUGUCCAGAAGACGUCGUGGGUGACGGGUAGAUUAGCUCUCUCCCAGCAGUCUAGUAGAUUUACGUUACCAAUAGACAUGGCAAGACUGGAGCAGAUGACUCCAUUAGAGUACGUGAAAAAUUUCUGCAUCAUCAAAAGACGACGGAAAAAACUCUACCAGGACAUCUAUAUGAAACACCGAGAAAAAACUGCAGGGGCAAUACCUUUUAAGGAUUUAGAGAAGGCCAUGACGCAGGUUCUUGUUAAUACAAUAACAUCAGAGGACUACAAGAAAAUAGUUGAUCUACUGGACAUCACAGAUACAACUAAAGUUGACCUAGAGGCGUUCUCAGCAAUGACUGCCCUGGCAGAGAGACUGAUGUGUUCCACUCAUGUUUCCCAAGAACAAGUAGACCAGCCUGAUUACCAGAAGGAGAAGAUAGAGUGUGCUGACUUCAGUGCUCUAAAAUGGAAGUUGACAGGGGUCAAGGUCAAUCCAAAAAUAGAGAAGAUUCUUCAAGAACUCAAUUGACAAAACUAGUCCCCGAACUACCACAGUAUAAACUGGUAUCUAGUGCUUCAGAAUAGUGUUGAAACAUGCCAUGUCAUGUGAUGAUGAAUGAACAUAGUUUCGAGAAUGGUGAAUGAACAUGGUCUAUUGGUUCAGAAUAUAGUUUUGACAUUAUUAUAGCAAAUGUAAAUUUCUCAUUUUGAGGAGCAGGUCUCAAAGAAACUCCUUUUCGUAGAAAUUUAGUUUUAGAAUUACAAUUUUUGUAUGUACUAGAAGCGUUCUGUGAUAGUUAUGGAUGCAUGGACAUUGACUGAUUAAGGCAACAUUUACUGCAAUAGAAAAAGGGAAAAGAUCUGUAAUUAUCACAAUACUCAUUAUUUUUAUAGCAAUACAUAUUCAUGUUAGGGGAAAUAACUCUGCAAUAGCAGCAAUAUUUAUUUUACUAUACAAUUGAACAAACUUGAUCCAUAUGAGAAAUCAAAAAGUGCAGAAUUUGUACUUUCAGUUAUUUAUUUAUUAUGUACACAAUGCAAUUUCAAGGGGAAAAAAGCAGAAUAAAAUAUCUUAUUUACUAUAA